AUGAAUAAAAAUAUUAAAGAUAUGAAAAUUGUAAUUUGUGGAGGCGGAAUGAGUGGCUUGGGAUUGGCAAGAGUACUUCAAUUAAAAGGUUGUAAAAAUGUUAAAGUUUAUGAGAGAUCAACUCAUAAAUAUUCAAGAUUACAAGGUUCGUCAUUAGAUUUACAUGCAAAACUUGGUCAAAAAUUAAUUAUAGCAGCAGGUUUACAAGAACAAUUUGCAGCCUUUUCAAGACCAGAUGGAGAAUGUUUUUCAUUUUGUGAUAAAAGUGGAAAUAUUAAUGUCAGAAAACCAUAUUUAAAGAUUGCUAGUAAAAGACCAGAAAUUGAUAGAGGUGAUUUACGUGAUAUCCUUAUGGAUUCAUUGUUACCAGAUACUAUCGAAUGGGAUUAUCAUUUCAAAUCAUUGAAACAAAUCGAAAAUGAUCAAAUUGAAUUAACAUUUACAAAUAACGAUGGUACAAUUGUUAGAGAUGCCGUCAUUGCAGAUUUGGUUAUUGGAUGUGAUGGUGUUCAUUCAAAAGUUAGAAAAUAUGUUACUCUUGAUCAAUUUAAACCAGAAUAUAUGGGAAUUACAAUGAUUGAAGGUGAAAUUACUGAUGCAAAGAAUUCAUGUCCUGAAAUUUAUAAUUUAGUUAAUCAAGGUUUAAUGUUUGUUAUGGAAGAUGGAAUUGUAAUGUUAGCUCAACAAAAAACAGAUGGAAAUAUUGUAUUUAGUUUUGCUCAAAAAGUUGAAAAAGAUUGGAUAAAUAAUCAAGGUUUUAAUUUAUCAGUUAAUUCAUCAUCAUCUGAUGAUGAUGUUAAAAACUACUUAAAAAAUAAAUUAAUUCCAUCAUGGUCACCAAUAUUCCAUAGAUUAAUUGAUUCAUCAAUAACACCAUUCAAACCAAGAGUUUUAUAUCGUGCACCAAUUAAUCAAGAGUGGAAAUCUCAAUCAAAUAUUACAAUAAUCGGGGAUGCAGCCCAUUCAAUUUCUCCAUUUGCUGGAUUAGGUUGUAACAUUGCAUUAUAUGAUUCUUUUGAAUUGGCAAAUAUUUUAACAAAAGAUAUCGAUUGUACAACUCAAAAACCAUUAUUGGAAAAAAUUCAAAUCUUUGAAAAAAGUAUGUUAAAUAGAUGGAGAACUGCAGCAAAAGAAACAAUGGAAAAUGAAAAUUCUGUUUUCUUACCAAAUGGUAUAGAUGCUUUAAAAAAAAGAAUUGGUGGAAUUUAUUAUUAUUUUAAUUGUAUUUUAUCAGUAAGCAAAGUUGUGAAUUAUAUUAAUUAUUUUACUGAUUUAAUUUUAUUAACUAAAUAA